UGUUAAUGUUUUCAUUUGUCGUGAUAUCUGAUCUCCGCCGUCAUAGUUUCAGGUUGACGUGAAAACCAAACAUUAGCAAAUGAAUUUUGAUUUAGUAAUUAGUAACAAAAUGCUUUGAAAAUGCUUUGAUACGCAUUUCAUUACUUACGUUAAAUUUGUAACUUUCGUGCCUAUAUUUUUGAGAUUACUUACUAUUCUGCGAGCGAGUGUAUUUUCCAAUACAAAAUGAGUUUAGUGGGGAAAAAGUGUGAAUCAAUAUCGAUGUUGGAAACCAAUAAAGACGACGUAAUAGUCAGUGAAAUAACUCCUGAGGAUGUUCUGAGGCUAGACAGGAUUACGGAUACUUACAUGUGUAGUCCUGAAGCUAACGUAUACGACAUAGAUUUUACAAGAUUCAAAAUACGGGAUUUGGAAAGUGGAACCGUCUUGUUUGAGAUCGCUAAGCCACCGACGGAUUUCGGAGUGGAUAGUGAAGGCACUGAGGAUGCCCCCGAAGAGCCCCUAGACCCUAACGCUGGAAGAUUCGUCCGCUACCAGUUCACGCCUCAAUUUUUAAAACUUAAGACUGUAGGAGCCACUGUGGAGUUUACUGUCGGAGCUCGCCCUGUAAACCACUUCAGGAUGAUAGAGAAGCACUUCUUCAGAGACACCCUACUGAAGACAUUUGAUUUUGAAUUUGGAUUCUGUAUACCAUUCUCAAGAAAUACAUGUGAACACAUUUAUGAGUUCCCUACACUGCCUCCUGAUCUCGUUGACGAAAUGAUUGCUGCGCCUUUUGAAACCUGUUCGGACAGUUUUUACUUUGUAGACAACCGUCUGGUGAUGCAUAACAAAGCGGAUUACGCUUACAAUGGAGGCAUCAACAACUAAUCACCCUUUUCACAAAAAUUGGCACCAUGCAUUGUUUUCGUGUUUCAAAUUAAAAUUUUAUAACACUGUUUGACACAAGGAGAUGUUUUUUCAAAAAUUUUUAGUAGUUAUGUGUUUUGAAAAGUUCGUUGUUUAUAGAAUGCGUAACUAAAGAUGGUAUGGCGUGUUGUACGAAUUAUUGAUCUCUUAGAAUUAUUUAUUAGUGUGGAAUGAAACUUAAUGUUAGAAUUCACACAGUCAAUGUGUUUUCAAGGUUAGGAGUGUAAGGAUUUAAUAGUCAAUGGAAGGUUCAUCGCAUAUUAUGUGGCAACUGGAGGGCUAAAUAAUCAUAGAGAGAACAUAUUAUAACUCGGAAAAAAUUACAUUGGAACUUGCCAGGAUUUCGCACCCUUGUGCGUGAGAAACGAGAGCCUUAACCUUAUUUUUUUUUUAAUAUCGUCAUUAGCCCUAGUGUUACUUGCCAAAGAAAUGGUAAUAUUAUUGAAUUUAUUGGCUUAUGGAUUAAGUUACAUUAUUAACUGUUCCGGAAAUAUUAAUUCAGCGCUUAGCCCUCCGUGUGUACAACAAUCUGUGCAUUUAGACAGUGUGAAUGUAUUGUUCCAUCACUUUUACUUAAUUGAUGAAUAUUUGUGAUCUUAUUGAUUGUGAUUUUUACACCUGCUUUAUAAAGUAAAUUUGAAGUGUACUGAAUUUUGAAAUAAGGGUGUGUUUCGUGUAACUGAUCGUUUACGGCGCCGCCUUUAAAAGGCAAUUUUGAUAAUUGCUCUGAUCUCAUUAUUUGGAUAUGUUUAGGUGUUUAGUUUGUUAUUGUUUUGUUGUUAAAUUACUUUUUUACAAGACAUUCGUUUGUCUAAGGAGUUUGUUAUGAGCUGUAGGAGAAACGGUGAACAGGGAUUGUCGUGUACAAUAUGUAUGAAAAAUUACAGUUUUGGACCAACGAAAGUUAAAAGGGUUGCAAUUCAAUAUUUUCCGUGCGGAAAACUUACGUUAUUACGUAUUACAGGGACGCCCGACUGGUUUCGAGCCUGACCGGAGCCCUUAAUUAAGACAACAUUUAGUAUGUCUUACUAAUAGUUAUUAUAAAAUGAGGUCAGGAAAAGUAUUUUAUGUGAUUUUGAGUGAUUUUGACAUGGUUUAUAACAUUCCAAAUUGAAUGUACUUAUUUUUAUGUUAUAAUACUUAGAUAUAAUAACUUAAUUUGGUAGUUGCUUAUGUUAGUUUUUAAUUAUUUUAUUUAAAUAUUUUUAGAUUUAGUUUGUUAUACUUAUAUCUUAAUUUUAUUUGUAACUGAGAUUGAAGAUAAGGAAAUUGAAAUUUAUGGUGAGUUCUUGAAGAUUGAUGUUGUUAAAAAUAUCAUUCAAGGUAGGAGGAAAAUGUUGGCUCAUUCCUUAUUCCAUUUUCAAGUUUGAAUUUGAAUAUUUUAACAACAAUAAAAUUCCUAAUAUUAAUUGUGAAUUUUAUUUUUGUAAUAUAAACCAAUUUGUAAAUGAAUAUAAAACAAAUUCUUGGAUAGUUUGACUUGCGAGUGUCUCCGUAAGUGUAAACCCAGCUAAUUAUUUUGAUUUUAAACUUUGCAACACAGAAUUAAAUAUUUUAAAAUUCGAAAUGCAAUAUGAGUUUGUAGACAUUGUUCUUAUUAUUAUACCUAGGGAUGAUUUUUUAAUACUCUGCAGAUAAAUGUUUUGUGAGGAAUAAAAUUGUUGCUGUCACUGUCUUAUACAAACAUUCUGACGCGACAGCAUCAUAAUUAUUUCCCAGAUAACUUUUAUCUAACAUUUGAAAAAUCAACACUUUCUGAUUUAAAUAUAUAUUUUUAUGGAAUGCAGGAAUGUCAAAAUUUAUUAAUAUAUAUUUUUCUUGAUUAUCGCAAAAUUUAUUUUUCAUCGUGAGGUACAAUAAAUACUUGAUUUUCAAUACUUUUUUCUUCAUGUUGUAUCCAUAUUAAUCUAUUGUAUGCAUAUAAUUAAUAUGUAUAACGUAGAAACAAAGUAGAAGAUUCUAGAACUUAAUCUUAGUAAACAGAUUAAUUUCAAUGUUUCAAUCAAAUUUGAACUCUAUGUAUUCCAAUGUAACAUAUAGUUUGAAUACACAGUAAAAUAUUAUAUACGUACAUUUUAUCUAUAUGUAUGUGUAACUGUCAUUUACUGUAUUUAGUUAUUUCACGGCUGAGCUAAUAUAGUCAUUAUUUCUGAGUCAUAAGAAUGACUUUCAAAAUUGGGCAUAUUGUAUUGGAUUUUUGAGUUGGAAUGGCUCAAAGCGCCAUCUACUGAGCGCAGAAUCUUCAAAUGUCAAGUUAAUCAAAUAAAGUACUGAGUCUUAUCUUUAGGUAUCUUAAAAUGGCGGCAAAAGAAUAUCUAUCCGAUGUUCAGCUUUAAAUUGUACGAAAUGAAUGAAGAAAUCAAUGAAAUUUCCAUUUUUAUGCCGUCCAUGUUUUAUUUCGACAAGUGACCUUUAUAUUUAAUGAUAAAGUUUUAAUAAUACGAAUAAAUGUGUUCAGUGUAUCGAUUUACUUUCUAUGCACUUGUUUGGGGCUAUGUAUAGUUGUGAAGAUGUGUUGCACAGACGCUUAGAACCUUUUUACUAAUACUAAAAUUCCUUUAAUCGAUUAUGAACCUUAAUACGUUGGUUUAAGAUGAAAAUCUAUAACACAAUUUUGACAUUUGAGCUAAACUUGCAUUGUCCUAUUAGUUGGUGACAAUUAAAGUUCAUUGUUUCGUUGUGAACUUGUUAUUAUUUGUUUGUGCUAAUGUAACAUCAAGGUAUAUGUGUUUACGGUGUAAAGUCGCGUGGGGCCUAAAUGUUUUGCAGUAUAUUCUUUUUCUUUUUGCUGAAUGACGUUAAAGCGCUACUUUCCACGUAAAAUACUGAAACGUAGUAUUUUAGAAACACCCUGUGUAUUCAGCGACGUAGAGCAAAAAAAAAAUAUUUAACUAUACGAUGAAGAAGAUUAAGAUACAUUUAUACAUAGAAUAUGAAAUAAGUCCAGGUCCACCUACCUACUGUACUUAUUUUCAAUAAUAUUUGGUUUGAAAUCUAAUAUGGUCAUUUCCUUUGUAUCAUGUAUGGAGUAACAAGACGGGCAAGCCUUAUAUAACUACAAUAAAUCCUUUUUAUAAAUUAAUUAUAGUAUUUAUAGUUGCCUGAAUACUGCCGACAACCAAGCAUGAAAGUAAUAUUUGUGGAUACGAAGGCUUUAAUCGCUCUACGUCAAACUAACUUUUAUAUUUUUUCCCCCUAAAACUGGGUAAAUUCUAGUUUAUUCACCCCUCGAAUUAUAUUUAUUUCGUUUUACAAUAUUUUGUUAAUUACCUAUUUCUUAUUAGAUGUGUUGAUUAUUAGCUAAAGUAAUUGUGUGUUUUAUAAAAUUUAAUGUAUUCGUGUAAAAGCGAGCACGGUCGGCCAUUUUGUUUUGGUACUAUUUAAUCUUUAGAUUAUGAUUUGGUAUUGGCGCGAACGCCAUUUUUAUUUGGAUUUUUAAUUCUCUAAAUGUUAAGUAAAAUAGUACAUACAAUACAAACGUUCAAUUUUACUUUAAUUGUUAAACAGAAAUAUUUUGUGUGCCUAUUGGCUAUGUGCAAAGCGAGUAGUGGCGGACAGAUAACGACCGCAGCGCACAACACGGCAGAAAUUGGAAACAAAUGCAGACGAUCAGCUGUCGGUUUUUAUUAUUAUAUUCAUGUUACAGUAAAACUAUUGAAUAAAUUGCACUUAAAUAAUGUCAACAAUAAUAUUUUAAUCUUUGGUUUUAUUUAUAUUUGCAAAGAAAAUUAUAAUGUUUACAUUGUUAUUAUUUGACAGCUUCCGGAAAUGUUUUAAACGCUACGCGUCGCCACUGUCGCUUUCAUAGCCAAUAAUUUACUGACUGUGUUCGCACUUUCUAUUUCACUGUCACAGAUCACUAACACUAGUUUUGUCGAUGGAAAUAA